GUACCUGUAGUAGCUGUAGUAGCUGUAGUAGCUGUAGUACCUGUAGUAGCCGUAGUAGCUGUAGUAGCUGUAGUACCUGUAGUACCUGUAGUAGCUGUAGUAGCUGUAGUAGCUGUAGUAGCCGUAGUACCUGUAGUAGCUGUAGUACCUGUAGUACCUGUAGUAGCUGUAGUAGCUGUAGUAGCUGUAGUACCUGUAGUAGCCGUAGUACCUGUAGUAGCUGUAGUACCUGUAGUACCUGUAGUAGCUGUAGUAGCUGUAGUAGCUGUAGUACCUGUAGUAGCCGUAGUAGCUGUAGUAGCUGUAGUACCUGUAGUACCUGUAGUAGCUGUAGUACCUGUAGUACCUGUAGUAGCUGUAGUAGCCGUAGUAGCUGUAGUAGCUGUAGUACCUGUAGUACCUGUAGUAGCUGUAGUACCUGUAGUACCUGUAGUAGCUGUAGUAGCUGUAGUAGCUGUAGUAGCCGUAGUACCUGUAGUACCUGUAGUAGCUGCAGUAGCCGUAGUAGCUGUAGUAGCUGCAGUACCUGUAGUAGCCGUAGUACCUGUAGUACCUGUAGUAGCCGUAGUAGCUGUAGUAGCUGUAGUAGCUGUAGUAGCUGUAGUACCCGUAGUAGCUGUAGUACCUGUAGUAGCUGUAGUACGUGUAGUAGCUGUAGUAGGUGUAGUAGGUGUAGUACCUGUAGUACCUGUAGUAGCCGUAGUAGCUGUAGUAGCUGUAGUAGGUGUAGUACCUGUAGUAGCCGUAGUAGCUGUAGUAGCUGUAGUAGGUGUAGUACCUGUAGUAGCCGUAGUAGCUGUAGUACCUGUAGUACCUGUAUUACCUGUAGUACCUGUAGUAGGUGUAGUAGCUGUAGUACCUGUAGUACCUGUAUUACCUGUAGUACCUGUAGUAGGUGUAGUACCUGUAGUAGCUGUAGUAGCCGUAGUACCUGUAGUACCUGUAGUAGCUGUAGUAGCUGUAGUAGCUGUAGUAGCCGUAGUAGCUGUAGUAUCUGUAGUACCUGUAGUAGGUGUAGUACCUGUAGUAGCCGUAGUAGCUGUAGUACCUGUAGUACCUGUAGUACCUGUAGUAGCUGUAGUACCUGUAGUAGCUGUAGUAGCUGUAGUACCUGUAGUAGCUGUAGUACCUGUAGUACCUGUAGUAGCUGUAGUAGGUGUAGUACCUGUAGUAGCUGUAGUAGCUGUAGUAGCCGUAGUA